AUGAAACUUGAAGUAUUUCAUCUUCUGGGAGCAGUCGUCGUCGGGCUCGGCUUUGUUAAAAUCGGCUCUGCUGAAUACACCGACGCCUCCGAAAGCGCCUCUGCCAAAUUCAGGCGCGCUCUUGAACGCCGUUUGUCACCGCACGCUAACAUCUCAACUCCUGAAUCGGAAAACUUCGAGAACGCAGCAAUGCGAUGGUCGCCUUUUGGGGCGCCAAAUGUCACAACGGUUGUGCAAGUCGCCAACACUCACGACGUCGCCAAUACCGUCAAGCUGGCAAACCAAUACGGGAUUCCAUUCCUUGCUACAAACCACAGGCAUGGAGUCUCCACCGUGAUGCAGAACCUGCAAGGCGGCGUCCAGAUUGAUGUGAGUGGCCUCCAAACCAUUCAACUCAGCAAGACUCGACAGGACGCUGUGACUCUGGGCGGUGGCGUCUAUACGACGGAAGUUAUUGACUAUCUAUUCCAACACGGGAGGAUGUCAGCGUCUGGCAGCUGCGGUUGCGUCGGCCUCGUCGGAGCUGCGCUUGGUGGUGGCAUUGGGAAGACUCAGGGCCAGUUUGGCUUGAUGCUCGACAAUAUCCUCGAUGCUACCGUUGUGCUGGCAAACGGUGACAUCGUCGUAGCGUCUGAGAAGUCGCACUCUGAUCUCUUUUGGGGACUCCGAGGGGCUGGCCACAACUUUGGAGUGGUGACCGAAUUGACCUAUCGUACUCACGAACUCUUCCCAGCUGACGGUCACUGGUACAUAGCCACUUUAGGGUUUGCCAACGACAAGCUGGAGGACGUUAUAGAGAUCUAUCAACGUUUUACCGGUCCCGGGAGUGACGUCGGCCUUACAUUGACUCUACAGCUUGCCUUCAACCCCGAGCUUAGUGAGACUGAGCCGACUCUUCGUCUACUCAUCAAUUUCGCUGGCUCUGAACAACAAGCUGCUCGAUAUGCCGACCCUUUCAUUGACCUCGCCGAUGUCAAAGUUAUCAAUUCCUCCGUCCCCUACUACCUGGUCGCUUCGGCCAGUGGCAGUGAUGUCGACAACCUCCCCUGCCAGAACUCGCUACUGCGCCAUCCGGGGAUCCCGAUCCAGCUAAAUGGAACUGACAUUCCUACCCUCCGGGCCAUUUCCGACACUUUCCGUGAUGCCGUCGCCGCGUAUCCCGGCCUGCAGGGAGGUUUCGCUCUUGAAUCUUACGGUUGGCAGGCGGUCCAGAGUGUCCCAGCUGAGUCUACCGCAUAUCCUUGGAGGGGAGAUUACAUCUACGCGUUCUGGGCCGGCAGUUACGAGGAUGCCAGCUUGGAUGAGCCUGCUAUUGAGCUUGGUGAAGAAAUUCGACGCCUCCUUCUCAACGGCAGUGGUCAAUCUGAAGUCCAUGCCUAUGUAAACUAUGCUCUAGGCACUGAGACAUUUGGAGAGCUUUAUGGCCAUGAGGAGUGGCGUCAGGAGCGUCUUAGCGCUCUCAAGCAGAAGUACGACCCGAAGGGUGUUUUCUCGUACUAUCAUCCUAUCCCUCUUUCAUCUGGCCAAACAUAA